AAAAGAGUUAAUGAACUAGAAAUAGAGAAAGAUGAAUUGCGAGAAAAACUAAGAAAAAUACAAAUAAGAAACAGAAAAAUAAUUAGAAAUAUCCUAUUGAUUGGUUUUACUAAUAAUGGUAAAUCAGCUUUAGCUAACAUAAUAUAUGAAAAAAAUAAAUUCAAAGAAGGAGAGUUAGAA